UUAAGGGACAUUAAGUGUCUUUAUUAAGGGACUUUAAGGGACAUUAUUAAGGGAUGUUCCUGGAUGUUCCUCUCUCCUCACAGUAACUCCUCUGUGUUUGUUCCAUGAGGUUCAGUCUGGACACUUCUACACGUUUACGCAUCAGAAUCCUCAUUAAUCUGAACCUCCAGAGGAUGACCUGAACCUCUCCAGAGAGGAUGAAGGAGAUCAUCAUUAAUCAGAAUCAUUAAUUAAUCAUUCACUUGGAGAGGAUGAAGGAGAAAUGUAAGAACGCUGCGAAGACCCGCAGAGAGAAGGAGAACGGAGAGUUCUACGAGCUGGCGAAGCUGCUGCCUCUUCCAUCAGCCAUCACCUCCCAGCUGGACAAGGCCUCCAUCAUCCGGCUCACCAGCAGCUACCUCCGGAUGAGGAACGUCCUGCCAGCCGGUCUGGGUGAUGGAUGGGGUCAGCCAUCGAGGUUCAGUCCUCUGGACGGCAUGGCUAAAGAACUGGGCUCCCACCUUUUACAGACUCUGGACGGCUUCGUGUUCGUCGUCGCCUCUGACGGUAAAAUCAUGUACAUCUCUGAAACAGCAUCAGUCCACCUCGGCCUGUCCCAGGUGGAGCUGACAGGAAACAGUAUAUUUGAGUACAUCCACCCGUCGGACCACGAUGAGAUGACAGCAGUGCUCGGUCUCUGCCAGCCUCCACACCACCACUUCUCUCCAGAGUAUGAAAUGGAGCGCUCCUUCUUCUUGAGGAUGAAGUGUGUCCUCGCUAAACGAAACGCUGGACUCACAUGUGGAGGAUAUAAAGUCAUCCACUGCAGCGGCUACCUGAAGGUGCGUCAGUACAUGAUGGACAUGGCGCUGUAUGAGUCCAGUUAUCAGACUGUGGGUCUGGUGGCGGUCGGUCACUCGCUGCCCCCCAGCGGCGUCACCGAGAUCAAACUGCACAGCAACAUGUUCAUGUUCCGGGCCAGCCUGGACCUCAAACUCAUCUUCCUGGACACGAGGGUGGCCGAGCUGACCGGCUACGAGCCUCAGGACCUGAUAGAGAAGACGCUCUACCACCACGUCCACGCCUGCGACGUCUUCCAUCUACGCUACGCUCACCAUUUAUUACUGGUGAAGGGUCAGGUCACCACUAAGUACUACCGCAUGUUAUCCAAGCACGGAGGCUGGGUGUGGGUACAGAGCUACGCCACCAUCGUCCACAACAGCCGCUCCUCCAGACCUCACUGUAUCGUCAGCGUGAACUACGUCCUCACUGACGUCGAGGGGAAGGAGCUGCAGCUGUCUGAAGACCAGAGUCAGGCCACCAAGCCCGGACUCAGUCUGACCUCCUCUCUGGAUCAACGCAAACAGCUCCGAACCAAAGCAGUGAAGAUGAAGACCAAACUGCGAGCAGCUCCGUACUCUGAGCAGUUCCAGUCGGACCGCUCCGGCUGCUCUCCACAGAGGGGGCUGAGACCCCCGUACCCGCUGACCCCCUGCAAGGAGAAGAGCUCCGGUCUGAGUCCUGAAGCGGGCCAGGUGUCCUGCGGCCCCACGUACAACCUGACCCUGCACUACCCCUACAACCACCGCAAUCUGGACGCUCACAACCAGCUGCCCAGCUCCGGUCCGUCCUCUCAGCUGGCUCAGCAGAUCAUCGGCUCGCUGCACAGCAGAGGGUCUGUUGGCUGGAGCAUCAGCAGCCCCCCCGCACCCGGCAAAUACACAGGCCCGGUGCUGGCAGCUGACCGGAGGUACCCCGAUGAGAUGUACCACGAAUGUUCCAGCAGCACAAACCCACAUUCUACCGGCAGGCUGAAGGAGGAACCCUACGAACACUACGCCCUCGUCCACAGCGAGGCGUCCACCGAGGUUUGUCCACACCCCCGUCCUCAUGCCACCAAGGACAGCAAGCCUUUAGGCCAGGAGGUCCAACAUAACAACACUAGAGGCGCUGAGGGGCCUCGAGGAGACCGGGCCCCGGCCUGCCCUUUGCUCAGCGGCCUGGUUCUGGGUAAAGCUGAGCAGGGGGGGGUCCAGAUGGCUCUGGAGCAGAGGAGGAGGCUGUGUAUGAUGGAGGCUCCCUACAGCCACCCGGCUGCAGGGUAUCCCCCCCCCGCUGACGGCCACCAGGAGCUGCAGGCCCGGUCUGCUGAGGAGGACAGGAGGAUGUUGAUAGGUAUGGGGGUCGGGGUGACUCUUCCAGCCCAGGCUCCCUACAUGUCUUUGAACUUUCAUAAGGUUUUAGGCAAACACGGCUCUAUGAAAGCCCCCCCUUUUACCACCCUGAGCCAUAUAACGGACGGACACGGUUACCACGGUAAGGAGACGGCCUCUUACAGCCCCAGCUCCGGCUCGUCGCCCGAGAGCCACAGAGACAUCCCGCACUACAUCGGCACAUCUGUUAUCAUCACUAAUGAGAGGUGACCCAGGACAGAAGCUCAGGAGACUCUUAAGCCACAACUCUUGCAGGAUAGUUUGACGCGCAAUACAGAGCUACAGGAAUCAGUAUUAAACCCGGAAUGAGUCAGCGUUUCAGCACUUCCCUCGUCCCCUCGUCUAGAAGUCAACGGGUUUAUUGAAUGGGUUUUUAGUUCGAUGUCUGAAAUAAGAUCUGUGGUAAACACAAGCUGAAGAGAUUCUAACGUUUUGUUCUACGAUAUAAAACACGUCAGUAAAUAUCCAUCUCCAUCGAGAUGGACAGGCGGUUUGGUGCAGCGUCUGCAGUUAUGCGGCCGCUGCAACUGGACCGUCGUGGUGGAGACGGAGCUGAGCUGGAAGGCAAAGCUCUGGAUUUACUGCUCCAUCUACGUUCCAACCCUCACCUCUGAUCAGGAGCUUUGGGUAGUGACCCAAAGAAUGAGAUCGCGGGUACAAGCGGCCGAAAUGAGCUUCCUCCGUUGGGUGGCUGAGCUCAGUCUCAGUCUCAGAGAGAGGAUGAGGAGCUCAGUCUGAGAGAGAGAGGGUGAGGAGCUCAGUCUGAG